GAAUAGACUCUAGAGAAGAAGAAAUUGGACGAAACCAUAUGUGUUAGGACGGGGGGUGCACAACUCCGCACAAUGUUAUGGUGUUUCCAAAGGAUAACGCUACGUUUGGACUGGAGGGCUGAAAAAACGCGGCCACCUUUUUUAGGACUAUUGAAUUUGAACGAGAUCUUCGCUAAGGUAGUGAAUAUACUAUAUACUAUAACCGGUCUGGCAUGAGACAGGGAGUAGUUGGACCGAUCGGGAUUCUCUCCGUUCUGCGCCAUCCUUGACCAUGCGUAAUUAAAACACAGAGGGUCUAAUUUGUUUGAAUCAGAAAUUGAUAAAAAUAUGACCUCGAACAGUUUGUCCAACGGUUUUUUGUUUGUUUGACUCUGAAGGCAGAUCACAUUUUAUAGGCCUUGAUCCUCGAAACGAGGCAUAUCCCACUCAGAAAAAUUAUCUUCAUGUAGUACAAUUCAUGAAUACAUAAUGGCCACAACAUGCAGAUAUAUGGUGCUGAGGACACUCCGUGCACUUGGAGUUCAUGGAAUUUCUUAUCGCCACGUAACCUCGACUUCAAGUCAAGGAAACCUUAUCUGGAGACCACAAGUUAAACACCCGAGCUGCCUUGACAAUUCCCACGCAUCCAACUCUUCGAUCACAGGAAGCAGCUCUUUGUCUUUUAGGAGUCACACCUGUGGACAACUGAGAUCUGAGCAUAUUGGAGAGAAGGUCACCUUGUGUGGAUGGGUCCAAUACCUGAGACAAGACCUGUUUGUCAUUCUACGGGACUUCAGCGGCUUGACCCAAGUACUUAUACCUCAGCAGGAUGGUGCAAGCCAUCUUAAACAGAUACUGUGUAAUCUCACAGCUGAGUCUGUCAUCAAGGUUACUGGGACAGUUCGGGAGCGGCCAGCGGGACAGGAAAACAAGGGGAUGCCAACCGGAGACAUAGAAGUCCUUGCGGAGGACGUGGAAGUUUUCAAUGUGUGCCGCAAGUUGCCGUUUGAGAUUAAGGACUUUGUGAAAAAAUCAGAAUCGUUACGCAUGCAGUUUCGCUACCUGGACCUGAGGUCUUCUCAAUUGCAGAAGAACCUCCGACUGAGGUCUCAACUCGUGAUGAGGAUGAGAGAAUAUCUCUGUAACGUACACGGUUUUGUUGACGUCGAAACCCCAACAUUGUUCAGAAAAACACCAGGGGGAGCCAAAGAGUUUGUGGUUCCGUCCAGAGACCCGGGUCGUUUCUAUUCCCUCCCUCAGAGUCCUCAGCAGUUCAAGCAGCUUCUCAUGGUGGCCGGGAUUGACAGGUACUUCCAGAUUGCUCGGUGCUAUCGAGAUGAAGGCUCCAAACCGGAUCGGCAGCCCGAGUUCACCCAGGUCGACGUCGAAAUGUCUUUUGUGGAUCAGGCGGGCAUCAUGUCCCUGGUGGAGGGUCUGUUGGAAUACUCGUGGCCUGCAGAGAAAGGCCCGCUCCCGCUUCCUUUCCCAUGCGUGACGUAUGAAGAGGCCAUGAGGGACUAUGGGGUGGACAAACCCGAUACCAGAUUUGGCAUGAAGCUGACGGACCUCCGAGAUGUUUUCCUGUCCACCGAUAUCGGUUUCUUCAAAUCGGCUGUCAGCGAAGAGGGAAGCUCCGUUUUGGCCAUCUGUGUGCCCAGGGGAGCACAACUAUUUACGGGGAAAGAUUUAGAAGAACUGAAACAAUCAUCCAAGACUCAUUUUAACCAGGAAGUGAGUUUGGUGCUGGUCAGAGCAGAUGGCACCCUGAAGUCUCCUCUGAAGAAACUCUUGUCAGGCCCCGCCACUGAUGCUGUACUGCGGAAGACGGCUGCCGAACCAGGAGACCUGCUGCUGAUCGCCGCCGGUCCCGUUGAAGUUCUGCGCCCAAUGCUCGGGAGUCUUCGUUUACAGUGCGCAGAGCUCCUGGAGUCUCAUGGCUUGACAGUCCGCGACUCUUCGGCCUUUCAUUUCCUGUGGGUAGUGGAUUUCCCCCUCUUCUUGCCCAAAAAGGACGAGCCGGAGCGGCUGGAGUCUGCCCAUCAUCCAUUUACCGCUCCGGCGCCAGAGGACACACCGUUACUCUACACGCAGCCGGAAAAAGUUCGUGGCCAGCACUAUGACCUCGUGUUGAAUGGUUGUGAGAUUGGAGGAGGUUCGGUUCGAAUCCACAAGGCUUCAGAGCAACUUCACGUUUUAAAGAAUAUCCUCAAGGUGAAAAACUUGACACGGACGCGUCCGCUCGAUAUGGCAAACUUGCUCUUGUGGAGGAUCCCACUGUUCUUUCUCACCUGUUGGGGGCUCUGGACUCUGGCGCGCCACCACAUGCUGGUAUUGCGCUUGGUUUGGACCGGCUGGUUUCCAUCAUGGUGGGGGCUUCCAGCAUACGUGAUGUCAUCGCCUUCCCAAAGUCAUUUCGCGGUCAUGACCUGAUGAGUCGCGCCCCAGACUUUGUGUCAGACGAGGAGCUGAAGUCCUACCACAUUUCAGUCAAGUGGCCAGCAGAGACAGGAGGACAACCUGAUAGGAAGUGUAGGGAUUAAGAACAAAGAUAAUAGGGAAGGAAAAGCCUUCUGCAUUCUUUUUCACCGAUAUCCAUUGAAAUGCAUGCUGGGAGGGGAGUUUUAUUUUUUAAUACAUAAUAAUCAUGAAAAUGCAAUCAUGAAUACGUAAUAUACUAUGAUAAGUGGUUAUAGAUUUCAUUAUAGAAUUUUCCCAGUCUCUGGGGAAAGUUAAAAAAAAACUGAUGUGAUGGAGACGGAGUUAGACUAUCAAACAUACGGUUUAUGCGUGUUGCUUCUAAUGAAUAGCAUUGCUUCUUGCACCAUCAUUAAAAAUCAAUUUUUAUGGCUCUGUAAUGGUCAACUGCAACAAUAUUUGUAAAUGUAACCCUGCCGUCCCUCCGUCCCCAUGUUGAUGCCAAAUUUUCAAUGGUCUUUUCUUUUUUUUAAAUACCAACCCAAAUCCAGUGAAGUUGGAAUGUUGUGUCGAUGAUAAAAACAGAUUACAAUGAUUUCCUAAUCAUGUUUAACCUAUCUUUAAUUGAAUACACGACAGAGGUGAGAUAUUUCAUGUUAAAACAGAUUAACUUUGUUUUUGGCAAAUGAUCAUGAACUUAGAAUUCUGUGGCUGCAGCGGGUUCCAAAAAAAGUGAGACAGGAUCGUGUUUACCACUGUUACGUAACCUUUCGACAAUUUACAAUAAACGUUUGGGAAGUGAGUGCACGAAUUGUUGAAA